CCUGUCGAGGCCUAACCCUCUGAUUCCCGCUUGGACAGCCGCAUAUAUACGCGAGCACCCUGUCUGCAGACCGCGCAGCUUGGAGCUUUAUAGCUAUCUGCGCGUUCUCUCAUAUAUUGUACACUUUUGUUGGCUCUUUUGUGUUGAGCUCGUAACGUCUGCACCCUUCGUCCAGCUUGAAUAGGCCCCUGUUUCCCCUUGACCAUGGAGAAUUAUGACUUUUCCAAAGAAUUCAAAAAGAUAUAUAUAUCAAAACAGAGAUCUGCACCGGAUCCCGUCGCAGCAGAAAUGAGAGUCCGACUUCAAAGUCUUCCUGCCUUGGGCCAAGUAACACAGGCGGAGGGCGGUCAGAUCACGUUCACGGCUGUCCUCGAAGUGCCAUACGACCGGGCUCGAGAACCUUGGCAGGUCUCUCUAUGGCUGGCUUUAGAUGGAGCCGAAUGGCGAGAACAGGCCUUGGACCGAGUCGAGAUCGGCCAAGAGCCGUUUUCUCUGCAGCCGGCUGAAAAGUCUGUUUCGCGCACGUAUUUCAAUGGCAUCUUAUCGCUUUCCAAGUCCAUCCAAUUCACUCUCAAAUUCCGCAGCGGACAAAACCAAGAGUGGAGAUGGAUUCGCGAUGAGCAUGGGCUCAGCGACGGCCUAAUUGUGGCUCGCGCGUCGGCUGCACCGACAGUCUUGCUCUGCGAUGUCAUACCAGACCUGAACAAGGAGUGGCAAGUGAUAGAACACAUGAGCCAAACACCGCAGACCCGGCUCUGGUCUCUUGAGACUGAAGUAGCAAGUGCUAUCGGGGAUGCAUCGACAUUCAGGGACAUUGACAUCGGGAGACCCUGGGGGACCUACUUGAGGUGGUUCGCUCUCGUGCGCCUCUGGGCUCCGUGGCUGGCCCCGCGGCAAGGCAAAGGGAACUUACACCUUGACCAAGACGCAGUCAUCUGCUCCUUCAUGAGUCCACGGGGAAACACGGUGACGCUUCUUGCCUUCAGUGGCGUGGGCAAUGUGUUGAGUACCAUGCGCCAUACUGACAAUGGCGGUGUUUCUGCUCAUGUGAGAAACGAUGGAACGUCGAGCGAGCGUGCCGUAAUUCUCGUCGCAGAGGGUCCUGAUUUUGACCGCACCGUUGCUUCUGUCAUGUAUCAUGCAAGAACUAUCGUCUCGAACAUCAAGCACGCAGAUCUCACCUGGGAUGCCGAGCUGAAGACUCUGGCCGGCCAGGUCAAACCAGAGUGGAAGCAGAAUUGGUACGAUGGCUUGGGCUUCUGCACAUGGAAUGGACUGGGCCAACGACUCACAGAACAAGCAGUUCUGGAUGCCGUCGGAACGCUUGCAGAGCAUAAGGUGAACGUGACGAGUCUCAUAAUUGACGAUAACUGGCAGUCAAUCGACUAUGAAGGCGACGGGCAGUUCCAAUAUGCUUGGCUGGAGUUUGAAGCCGAGCCCAAGGCUUUCCCAAACGGUCUCAAAUCCAUGGUGUCCCGGUUACGAAAGCAGUACCCAGACAUUCAACACAUCGCAGUAUGGCACGCUCUUCUGGGGUACUGGGGCGGCAUUGCUCGCGGAGGCAAGAUCGAUCAAAACUACAAGACGAUCGAGGUGAUCCGCGAGGACUCGAAGCGUCGGAACCUCCCCCUUGGUGGGAAGAUGACAGUGGUUGCCAAAGAAGACGUGGCACGCUUCUAUGACGAUUUUUACCGUUUUCUGACCGAUGCAGGCGUCGAUGGAGUGAAGACGGAUGCACAGUUCAUGAUCGAUAUGUGGACAAGCGCGUCUGUCCGACGAGACCUCAUCAAGACGUAUAUCGAUGUCUGGACACGAGCGUCGCUACGAUACUUUAGCGUCAAGGCUAUCUCGUGCAUGUCGCAGUUUCCGCAGGCGAUGUUUCAUUCUCAGCUGCCGCAGGAUCGGCCACCAUUGCUGGUGCGCAACUCCGACGACUUCUUCCCCGAGAUACCGGCGUCGCAUCCCUGGCACGUGUGGGCGAAUGCGCACAAUAGCAUCUUCAUGCAGUAUUUGAAUGUGCUCCCGGACUGGGACAUGUUCCAGACAGUGCACGACUAUUCCGGGUUCCAUGCCGCUGCCAGAUGCGUGAGCGGCGGGCCUAUCUACAUCACCGAUGUCCCGGGCAAGCACAACAUGCAGCUCAUCGGUCAGAUGACGGGCAUCACUGCCAGGGGCAAGACCGUGAUAUUUCGGCCGAGCGUGUUGGGAAGGUCCAUCUACCCGUAUAUUGGCUAUGACGAUGACCUCCUCUUAAAGGUUGGAAGCUAUCACGGGGCAUCACAAACCGGCACGGGUAUACUGGGGCUUUUCAACAUUUCUGCCAGGCCAUUGUUGGAGCUGAUUCCUGUUGCUGAUUUUCCUGGGGUCAUGGUGUCGACCGAGUAUGUCGUCAGGGCUCAUAACACUGGCAAGGUGUCCAAGCCUGCGAGGCCCGGAGCCCCUAGCUCGCUGACAGCGAUGUCACUGGAUGUGCGAGGUUAUGAGAUCCUAUGUGCCUUCCCGCUCACGUCGUACUCGGGAGUCAAGCACAAGGUUGGACACACGUGCACUCUCGGCCUAGUCGGCAAAAUGACUGGCUGCGCGGCCAUUAUGGGUAGCAGCGUCCGCCAGCAAGAGAGCGGAAGGGUGUCUGUGACGACGCGGCUAAAGGCCCUUGGUGUUCUAGGUGUCUACGUUUCGACGCUGUUGGACAUGACCAUCGACGGCGACUUCAUGGCAACUGUGGAGGAGAAGCCGGUGCCACGACGUUGCGUGAGCGUAUCGCGUCAAUCAGAGUGUGUAUUGGAGGUGGACGUCGAGGCUGCGUGGAACGAGAUGGGCCUAGACGGCGGGCGGGGUGACGAGGUCGAGGUGACGGUUACGUUUGAUACAUGACGGGAAGCUGGGGGGGCAUCCAUAAGGACUGCAGCGCAGUGCAGUGUACCUGCCGAUAUUGUAGGAGUGCCAGACUGCUACUGGCACAAGCUCGCGUAGGAGACGAUGCUGCUGCUGCUGAAGACCGGGUUGGUGGCUGGGCGGUUGGGCGGUUGGACCAGAUGCUCAUUACCAAGCAUGGCGCAGAUCCUUUAAACUGCUCAGAUGAUGGGUGUGCGGAGAUGGAUG